AUGCCUGCGAGCAUGCGUCGGUUCGCCCCGAACAGGACGACCCGCUACGUCCUGCUCGUGGCAUUUCUCAUCACCACAUUUUACCUAUCUUUCAGCCUAACACAGAAGAUCUACAGCCGCGAGAGCUCAACACUCGCUUCCAAAACCGAUGCAGCGGUGGUCAUGUCGCCUCCGCCCUCCGUUCUGCCCAUCUUCUUCGAAACACGCGCAACUUCCGAGAGCAUCUCUGUAGCCAGUAGUACAUCAAGCAUUUCCUCAGACGUCCUGAGCGCCAGCUCCUCCAGCUUGCCCUCCUCUUCCUUCUCCAGCUCGAGUUAUCUUUCAAGUCCAAGUCCAAGUCCAAGUCCCACCCCGACUCCAAUCCCCGUCGAAGAGCCAGCCCCAGAAGCCCCCCGGCGCGCCAACGCGACGCUACUGAUGCUCUCGCGCAACAGCGAGCUCGACAAGGCGGCGGCGAGCGUGCGUGAGCUCGAGGACAAGUUCAACCGCCAGUUCGCGUACCCGUGGGUCUUCCUCAACGAGGUGCCCUUCUCGGACCAGUUCAUCGCGCGUAUGACGGAGCUCGCGUCGGGCCCGGUGUACUUCGGCCAGAUCCCCCCGCAUCACUGGUACCAGCCCGCGGAGAUCGACGAGAACAGGGCGGAGACGGGACGGAACGAGAUGGUCGAGGAGGACAUCAUCUACGGAGGCAGCGUGUCAUAUCGGAACAUGUGCCGGUUCAACUCUGGUUUCUUUUACCGCCAUCCGCUCUUGCAACAGUUCCGGUGGUACUGGCGCGUCGAGCCGGACGUGCACUUCCACUGCGUGACGGACGAGGAUCCGUUCCUGUACAUGGAAGAUAACGAUAAGCACUACGGGUUCACGAUCUCCCUGCUCGAGUUCGAGAAAACGAUCGAGACACUGUGGGAGACAACGAAAGAGUUCAUCGCGGAGAACCCGCAGUACGUCGCACCGAACAAUUCGAUGGCGUUCCUUUCCAACGACGGCGGGGAGACGUAUAACCUCUGCCACUUCUGGAGCAACUUCGAGAUCGCGGACAUGGACUUUUGGCGGGGCGAGGCGUAUGAGAAGUAUUUCCGCUACCUCGACUCGAAGGGCGGGUUUUACUACGAGCGCUGGGGCGACGCGCCCGUGCACAGCAUCGCGGCGUCGCUCUUCCUGCGCAAGGACCAGAUCCACUUCUUCGACGAGAUCGGGUACGAGCACCACCCGUUCACCCACUGCCCGCACGGGCCCGGCCUGCACAGGAAGAAGCGCUGCACGUGUCGCGGCUGGCGGAGCUUCGACUAUCAGGGAUACUCGUGCCUGAAGCAGUGGGAGCGAAUACACCCGUGA